GCAAUACAAAUAAUAAUGUAUAUAUAAUUUAGAAAAAUCAAAUGGGCAAAUCUUCUUCGCAGCUGAGUAGAAGGCGGCGGGGCCUCGACGACGACAACAACAACAACAGUGACAAGACGAAGAGGAACAAGGCGACCAUGGAGGCCGGCGGUGGUGGAAGUACGGCCGCGGCUGAGCAGAGACGCGUGCCGCUGUCCGAUGUCGUCUCCGAUUGUGUUGAGCGGUGGUUUCAGGACACGCUCAAGGAGGCAAAAACUGGUGACGUCAGUAUGCAGGUGCUCGUUGGGCAGAUGUUUAAUAGUGGCUAUGGUAUUCCCAGAGAUGCUGAUAAGGCAAGAACUUGGAUGUCAAGGGCUUCAAGAGUAAGAUCUUCAGUGUGGAAAGUUAGCAAUAAACGUCCCGGUUACAACGCGAGUGAUUCGGAUUCGGAUGACUUAGCUGGUAAUUCGUGAUCAUUUUCGUUAUACAAAUAGAAGGGUCGAUAAUUGGCUUGUGCAGAUCUCCUCCGAUUCAUUGUGCUUUGAAGAUCUUUGCCAUAGAAUAUACUCCUUUGACAUACUCUUGGGUGCAGACAAUUGUUUUUGUUUUUUUUUUUAAUUUUAAGUUAUUGGAAUAUUAUGUAUGAUCAAACAAUUGUUGUGAAGGUGGUAUUACUAUUAUUAAUUAAAUAUAUACAUUAAUCAUUUUAUUAUGUUGUUAAAACUUAAAAUUGACACUGCUU